GAAAACUGUGAGUUAGAGAAAGUAAUAAUAGUCGUGACUUGUGAGAAAGUUCCAAGAGAUCAUGGCGAUUGCUAACAUGAAAAGCUUGGCCUUGGCAAUGCUUAUGGUUGUGGCUUCCAUUCUCCUAAUCUCUGGGAACCAUAAGGUCUCAGCUAAAUGCCAAGGUUCUAUUCCAAACCUUAUUUCCAAAUGCUCGACGUUUGUUAAGAAAGCUGGACCGGAAAAUCCACCAUCGGCGGAUUGUUGUGCGGUGGUGAUGGGUCUUGACAUUCCAUGUGUUUGUAAUCUUGUCACUCAAGCAAUUGAAAAUAUGAUCAGCAUGGACAAAGCUGUUUAUGUUGGACGAACAUGUGGAUUAUCAAUCCAGUCUGGACAAAAAUGUGGAAGCUAUACAGUUCCUUAAUUUCACAAGAAUUUGAAGUCAAGGGAAGAUAGUUGUUGCAUGUCUUUUUCAACAAUAAAUUAUGAUAUUGAAGCCAAGAGCCUUGUAGCUUAUCUUAUUGGCAUCUCCUAGCUAAUGUUUCUAAUAAAGUUAUUCAUGAUUCAAAUCCUCUUCCUCUGGACUAUUGAUGUAUCAAUAAUAAUAAAACAAUAAGCUUAUUAUAUGGCAUAA